UCCAUUCACCUCCUUGUCAAGAGUCCAUAUCUCAGCAUGGCUGCAGUCCUCACCUGGGCUCUGGUCCUCCUCUCAGUGUUUUCAGCUACUCAGGCACGGAAAGGCAUCUGGGACUACUUCAGCCAGAGAAGCAGGGACAAAGGCACGAUGGAGCAGAUCCAACAGCAGAAGCUGGCACGGGAGCCCACGAGCUUGAAAGACAGCCUUGAGCAAGACUUCAGCAAUAUGAACAAAUUACUGGAAAAGCUGGCCCCGCUGAGUGGGCAGGGGAAAGAGCCUUCUCUGCUGACACAGGACCCAGCAGGCAUGAGGCAGCAGCUACAGGAGGAGCUGAAGGAGGUUAGGGCGCGCCUGGAGCCCUACAUGGCGGAGGUACAUGAGCUUGUGGGCUGGAACUUGGAGGGGUUGAGGCAGCAGCUGAAGCCCUACACCRUGGAGCUGAUGAAGCAGGUGGCCUUGCACGCGCAGGAACUGCAGGAGAAGUUGCGCGUGGUGGGAGAAGACACCAAAGCCCAGCUGCUGGGGGGUGUCGACGAAGUGCUGAGCCGGCUGCAGGAGAUGCAGAGUAGUGUGCUGCACCACACUGGCCGAGUCAAAGAGCUCUUCCACCCAUACGCCGAGCGCCUGGUAACGGGCAUUGGGCGCCAUGUGCAGGAGCUGCACCGCAGUGUGGCUCCGCACACGGCGGUCGUCAGCCCUGCGCGUCUUAGCCGUUGUGUGCAGGUUCUCUCUCAUAAACUCACGCUCAAGGCCAGGGCCCUGCACGCGCGCAUCCAGCAGAACUUGGACCAUCUGCGCGAAGAGCUCAGUGCAUCUGUCCGCGCCAGCGCUGAYGGAGCUGAGCAGGGGGCCAGCCCGGAUCCCCAGAUGCUCUCAGAAGAGGUACGCCAGAAACUCCAGGCUUUYCGCCAGGACACAUUCCUACAGAUCGCUGCAUUCACCCAGGCCAUCGACCAGGAGACAGAGGAAGUUCAGCAGCAGUUGGCGCCACCCCCACCAGGUCACAGCGCCUUCGCCCCUGAGUUCCCACAAGGUGACAGUGGCAAGACCCUGAGCAAGCUGCAGAACCGACUUGAUGACCUGUGGGAAGACAUCACUUACAGUCUUCAUGACCAGGGCCAUAGCCGUUUGGGAGAACCCUGAGGGUCUACUUGCCCAGGUUCACCAGCUCUUUGUCCAAGGAGACCUGGAUCCCAGCCUCUAGCAUGGCCUGUUGGGCAGAGGGCAGAGGGUCCUGCACAGGUGAGGCCAUUGAAGAGAGUACUGUCCCUGGCAUACAGCCUCAACUCCCCCAUUUGGAUACAUUAUACUCACCAGGCUUU